GGGCAGGUAACGGGGGGGGGGGGGGGGGACACGCGGCCGGGACCCACAUCUGUGGGGGGGACCCACAAGUGAGAGGGGGACCCAGGGGUCCGGGACCCACAAGUAGGGACCCAGGGGGGUCCGGGACCCACAUCUGUGGGGUGUGUCCCCCCCCCCCCCCGGCCCCCAGGAAGGCCCCAGGGAUCCGGGACCCCCAAGUGAGAAGGGACCCACGCGUCCCGCGCCCCCCCAAGCAGUGGGGCCAUGGAGGGGAUGGUGCUUCUGACCCACAUCGUGCCGGGGGGGGCCAAGGGCGAGAAGCGGCACUUGUGGGGCGAGCCCCUGGCCCUGGGGGUGGCGCAGGGGCUGCUGGGGGCGCUGCAGGCGGCGCUGGGGGCGACGCUGCUGGUGGCGCUCGGGGACCCGCUGGGGGCGCUGCUGGGGGCGCCGCUGGGCACCGGCGGCCUGCUGCUGGUGUCGGGGGUCGCUGCUGGUGGCCUUUGCCAAGGGACCCUCCGUGGGGCGGGCGCGGGGGUCGCUGGCGCUGGAGGUCGUGGCCGCCGUGGCCUCGGUGCUGCAGCUGCUGCUGGGGGGGCUCCUCCUGCCCCACGGCUGCCCCACGUGUCUGCGCCUGCGCCCGGCCGCACAGGGGGUGGUGCUGGGCGCCCACGUGCUGCUGAUGACGUCAUCGGCGGGGGGCGUGGCGCUGACGGUCGCGGGGGCAGUGGCGGCCGGAAGGGGCGGGGCCUCGAGGGGCGGGGCGCCAAUCGUCAUCUACCAGACGGCGCUGCCCAACGCGGGGGCGGGGGCCUGGCGAGGCCACGCCCCCCGCCCCCCCCCGCUCCAAUAAAGGCCGCGCGCCGCGCCCCCCCCUUCGAAACCACGCCCCCUCCGAUGACGUGUCACCAGCUGUAG